GUGAUAUAUGAGCCCAAACUUAAAAUGUGUAACUGCAAAAGCCUCAACCAGCUCAUGGAACCUUGAAGCUACUACAGUACGGAUCCGUACUACGUACGCAGCUGCGUUACCAAGCAACACAGGAGCCAAGAAGGUGGGGCAUCUCAAACAACGGCAAGUUACCUCCAUACCUUCAGGUACUCCUCCUCCUUCAUCUGAACAUUAAUCUCCUCAGAGAAAAGUCCGAAAACACUGGACAUUUAAACCCGUUUGGGGGGCACAGAUAUUGACCAAACAAGGACCCCCCAUAACAAGCAGAUCCGUCCUCAAAACCACAGAUAAUGGGAAACCUCUGCAGCAGCGAACGCGACCCCUUCUCCCAACCAGGCCGGCCCCUCGGCACAACACCUCCCGCGCCCACCACCGCCUCGGUCCCAGCGUCCGCCGCCAAAGGAAACACUGCAAAGCCACCACGGAGAGUAGGCGGUCCACCCAGGACGCUAGGCGGAAGGCCACCAUCACCAUCAUCCACAUCCCAGUCCGCGGCAGACGACGCCCGGGCGAAGGCAGCCGCCGCCGCCGAGGCUCGCGCGGCGCAGAGCAAAAAGGGAGGAGGCAAGCUCGCCGCGCAGCUGCACGAGCGCCGCGGCAUGACAGACGCCCAGGUGCUGCAAAAAGCGAGCGAAGCCGAAAGGCGGCAGAGAGAAGUGGACGCGAGCACCAGUGCGUUGCCGCACAAUUGACGAUGCGGGAGGGUUGAUUGUCAAUUUGUUGCUGUUGAAGUUAUCGUUGUCAUAAGGGGUUAAGAGGGUCGGUUACACAAUACCGUAUGGAAGGGGGUCGUUCGAUAUACGGCAGGCCAGGGGUUGGGGCGCUGAGGUUGAUUUGAUAUUACCAUUUUUUCCGUGCAUCUCCCGGAUGACAUGGCUGUUCAAAGAAGCAAAGGACAUCUUUGAUUUACCAACGAAGUUGAGCGUGUUAUCUAUUAUCCCAGAAGCUAGCAAUGAGCUGUUCGUCAUGUGGACAUAAUCCGGAAACCCCAUGGACCUCGCCCUUGAAGACGGCAGCCAGCAAGUUCAAUAUCUUAUGUCCUGUAUCUCAGUCAUGAAU